AGAGAGCGCAAAGAGUACAGCUCCUGAGAGGGCGGAGGUUGAUGAGCUAAUACAAUCCAUCGCCGCUCCCGAAACUUAAAGAAAUGUUUUUGAUGCAAGUCCUGGUUGUUGUAGAAGCUCUUAAAAAUGGGAACAUGUAAGUUUCCAGGAUGAUUUUCCAAACAGUUCUGGAAACUGAACGUUGAGCAAUUUGGGAACAGAAACGGCGAAGUUCCUCAUUGCCAAACCUGUUGUUUGCGGGCUUACCUCCUCUCUCUCCUAUCCCUCUUUCCACUGAGUUUGAAAGUUGAGCCAAAAUGGCGUCGGAAUCGCUGCAGAGUGAUACCAGAAGCCUGCAGUCUUAUGAUCGUCCAGUAUUGGAUCAGCACGUGGACCUUUCUGACAGUAUGGUACAGCAGAGAUUAGAUCAGAUCAAGCGAGAAAUUCGAAAAGAACUCAAAAUCAAAGAGGGAGCAGAAAACCUUAGGAAAGUCACAACAGAUAAGAAAAAUUUGGCUUACGUGGAAAAUAUGUUAAAGAAAUCCAAUAAAAAAUUAGAAGAACUGCAUCAAGAGUUACAGGAUUUAAAUGCCCAUAUUGUUGUAAAGGAUUCUGAAGACGUUUCUGAUUGCCCAAUGACUCCUGAUACACCAAGUAGUGAAGCCCGGACUUCAGCCAACAGCAACAGAUUAAUGGCUUUGAAAAAGCAACUUGAUAUAGAACUGAAGGUGAAACAGGGAGCAGAAAAUAUGAUUCACAUGUAUUCUAAUGGAUCUGCAAAGGAUCGAAAACUGCUUGCAACUGCACAGCAGAUGCUUCAGGACAGCAAGACAAAAAUAGAAGUAAUUAGAAUGCAAAUUCUUAAGGCAAUUCAGACAAUCCAGACAAGUGAAUUGGCAUUUGAUAAUAAUGAUGGAAUAGCAAAACCAAUAAUAAGUCCCCUCGAACUUAGGAUGGAAGAAUUGCGGCAUCAUUUCAGGAUAGAGUACGCAGUAGCAGAAGGAGCGAAGAAUGUUAUGAAGCUACUUGGCUCUGGAAAGAUCACAGAUAGGAAACCACUUUCUGAAGCUCAGUCAAGAUUCAACGAAUCAAGCCAGAAGCUGGACCUUUUAAAAUUUUCUUUAGAACAAAGAUUAAAUGAACUCCCUAAAAGUCAUCCUAAAAGUGUUGCUAUAAAAGAAGAACUUUCUUUAGCAUCUUCACCAUCAUUAAGUCCUCGUCACAGUGUUAUUUCAACUCCUAAUUUAUAUAGUACUCUAUCAAAACCUGCAGCAUUAACAGGUACUCUGGAAGUUAGGCUUAUGGGAUGCCAAGAUCUUUUAGAAACAGUUCCUGGUCGCUCAAAAGCUACAGCAGUUCCUUUACCUGGAUGGAGCCCAAGUGAAGUCAGAUCAUCAUUUAUGAGCAGAACUAGCAAGAAUAAAAGUGGAAGUAGUCGGACUCUCCUAAGAACAGAUGACUUGUCUAGUGAAGUCAGUGCUGUGCUAAAGCUGGACAAUACAGUAGUUGGACAAACUAGCUGGAAACCAAUUAGCAAUCAGUCUUGGGAUCAGAAAUUUACACUGGAACUUGAUCGGUCCCGAGAAUUAGAGAUAUCCAUUUAUUGGCGUGAUUGGCGCUCAUUGUGUGCUGUGAAGUUUCUGAGAUUGGAGGACUUCUUGGACAAUCAGCGGCAUGGAAUGUGCUUAUAUCUUGAACCACAGGGUACUCUUUUUGCUGAGGUCACAUUUUUCAACCCUGUCAUUGAAAGAAGACCAAAACUUCAGAGACAGAAGAAAAUUUUUUCCAAACAGCAAGGGAAAACGUUUCUAAGAGCUCCACAGAUGAAUAUUAACAUUGCCACUUGGGGAAGGCUGGUAAGAAGAGCUAUUCCUACAGUAAAUAAUUCUGGUACCUUUAGCCCUCAGACUCCAUUGCCUACUUCCGUGUCAAUAGGGGACACUCGUAUUUCUGAACCAACAUCACCAAUCAGUGAGUCACCAGUAGCAAAAUUAGAAUUUGAUACUGAACCUGCACCCACACCUCCCAGAGCAUCUUCCAUUGGAGAAAUAAAUCAUUCAGCGGACGAGAUGAAGAUUACAGAUCAGCAGAUUCAGGAGCCUGAAAUUAUAUGCGAACCUGAAGUCCCAGAGCCUGAUCAGAGUGCAUUGCAUCUUCCAGAACCAGAUAGACACAGCAUUCACCAGAGUCCUCAAUUCAGCAUUCAAGAUUUCAGAUGUGUUGCUGUUCUUGGUAGGGGGCACUUCGGAAAGGUACUUCUGGCAGAAUACCAAAACACAGGUGAAAUGUUUGCAAUCAAGGCAUUAAAGAAGGGUGACAUUGUUGCUCGAGAUGAAGUAGACAGCCUUAUGUGUGAAAAACGGAUCUUUGAGGCUGUGAAUAGUGUAAGACAUCCAUUUUUGGUAAACCUCUUUGCCUGCUUCCAAACCAAAGAUCAUGUGUGCUUUGUAAUGGAGUAUGCUGCUGGCGGUGAUCUGAUGAUGCACAUUCAUGCAGAUGUGUUCUCUGAGCCUAGGGCCAUAUUUUAUGCUGCUUGUGUAGUCCUUGGUUUACAGUUUCUGCAUGACCACAAGAUAGUGUACAGAGAUCUGAAGUUGGAUAAUCUGUUACUGGAUACAGAAGGCUUUGUGAAAAUUGCAGAUUUUGGUCUUUGUAAAGAAGGAAUGGGUUUUGGAGAUAGGACAAAUACCUUUUGUGGCACUCCAGAAUUUCUUGCUCCAGAAGUGCUAACAGAAACGUCAUACACUAGAGCAGUGGAUUGGUGGGGACUUGGUGUUCUCAUCUAUGAAAUGCUGGUUGGUGAGUCACCAUUUCCUGGGGAUGAUGAGGAGGAGGUAUUUGACAGUAUUGUAAAUGAUGAAGUAAGGUAUCCACGGUUCUUGUCCACUGAAGCCAUUUCAGUUAUGAGAAGGCUUUUGAGGAGAAAUCCAGAAAGACGACUUGGAGCCAGUGAGAGAGAUGCAGAAGAUGUGAAGAAGCACCCAUUCUUUAGAACUGUUGAUUGGAACGCUCUGUUAGCAAAAAAAGUAAAGCCACCAUUUGUGCCCACAAUUAGAGGACGAGAAGAUGUUAGCAAUUUUGAUGAAGAAUUUACAUCAGAAAUGCCUAUUCUCACACCACCACGGGAGCCAAGGGUUCUUUCUGAUGAGGAACAAUGUAUGUUUGCCGAUUUUGAUUACAUAGCAGAUUGGUGCUGACACCUCAGUGAAGACUUAAAAAAAAAUUAUGGUUCAUUCACGGUGUGACAGCUCAAGAAGAAUAGUACCUGUUCACUUGCACGUUGUGCCAUCAUCAACCUCUGCUUUAAUUUCAUGAAGAUUUUUAUUGAAAUUUUAAAGGACCUCUUAUGAGAAGUGGCCUAAAUCAACAUGGCUGUUUUUACCAGGACAAUAGAAAUGAUUUCUCUGGGAUUUGAAUAAAUUCAACAUUGAUCUUGGAUUAUUGCUGGUAUCUGUAAUACCUGGACCAUUUGGACUCUUCACUGUGUUCUCCUGUCUGUCUGACAGUUCUAACAACUGCCUUAUCUGGGGAAAGAAAAUGACUGUAUUCCCAGUCCUAAACUACAGGAAAGAUUUUUCUUCAUUAUCUCUUGUCUUCAUAUGGAUUUUAGAUUAUGGACUCAGCACUGCAACAUAAUGCCACCAUUUUUAAGGUGGAUGUACAUGACUGCUGAUAGUUUAUAAAAUAAUCACUGUGAGAAACGCCAAAAAUACACAUAUGAAAAGAAUACCCUACCAUACUCUUUUUAUCUUGGCAUUGAAUUUUAUGAUCUGGAGGUGUGGUACUGUUGCCUUCCUUUUUAACGUAUUUAUUAAUGAAGAAUUUAAAGCCUUAACUUUGUGAAAUGGCAGUAGAGGUGCUUCCAUAUACAAAUGAGACAGGUGUGCAAAGCCACUUGCCAAAUAGCCAUCUCCUUCAAGCGUUUUAAUUUGCAGUUAAAUGUAUACCAGCAAGUACAUAUUUAGCAGUGGAAAACUAGAACUUGCAGACACUUAAUCAAAAAAAAUUCUGUCCAUUAUGACCCUUGUACAUUAUUUUUGUGUGGCUUUGCUCAAUAUUCUGGCAAGACAAAUAAAUACACUGACAGAUUUUUAUUGGGCCCCUAUACUCUCUUUCUAGUAUCAUUUUGUGCCUCCUAUUAUACCGCCGUAUCGUUCUAGUACCGUACAUGCUAUAAUACAGAGCUGUACUGAAUUUUUUUGUCAGAUAAUUAAUUUCACCUUUGUUUUCAAGCAGUGGCAUUGUGGAGGAGUCCUUAGAGGAGGAAGAUUUUAUUAUUAUUUUGAGCCACUGCCUUCCAUAAUCUGUUUAUUGACAUUAAAAUGAUAAAUGCUGUUUGCAAGAGGAAUGUAACAUAUUGACAGAAAAUGUGUAUUUUAUUGGCAGCCAGUAAGGCGAAGCAUGAUGUACCUCAGAAAAAAUAAUCUCAGAUAGUACCUUGAACUGAGAAAAUUAUUUAUAAAAAUUAUAUUUAUGUGUUACCCAUAUUGUGGUUUCAUGUUAUAUUUUUGUGGUUUCAUUGUUAUAUUUUUUCCAUUUGAUUCAGAAAAUGCUAUUUUGGCAAAAUGCCAUCCUCAUUCACUGAAGAUUGUUUUCUCUUUUUGAAAAAAAAAAUUUCUGAGUUAGUUAUGAACAUGCAUGUAGAAUAGCAAAUUAUCUCCAGAAGAUUUUUGAGGUACCACAUGGUUCAUCUCUCCAAAUUUCAGAAUCAUUUUUAAUGCCACAUACAGAUAUAUCAACACAUAAGGGUUAGGUUCAGCAUCAAACUGACAAAUCAGCAUCUCACUUUUUAAACUGUACAUAUUUUUUAGUGUCAGUAAAUCUCUAAAAUGUUAGAGAGCAGGGUAUAUACAGAUUUAAUCUAAAAAGCACUAAUGAUAUAAAUGUAUAUUUUAAAUACCAUCUUUUAGUCUGAUAAACUGAUUGUAAAUAUGUUACAUAGCUUACAGUGACUGUUUAAGCACUUUGUAAGUAAAAUUGGCAAUUUAGAACUAUUCACAUAUAGUUAUGAAGUUGCACAUACUCUUACCAGUCUAAAAUUGUGUCCACAGUCACUGAAAGAUGUGUGCUGAGAUUAAAGCUUCAGCUUCUAGAUUUGUGACAUUUUAGCUGGUACUUUAUAAAUUAGAAGUAUUUAUACAGACUUUGUUUCAUUGUUAUUCUUACCUUAUUGUAUAUGAUGGACUUGUUGAUGAAUAUCUUCUUGUACAGAUAAAAAUUCAGUGAAGGCUUA